ACUUGCGCCAAACGUCACGCUUUAGUUUGCGGAAGUACAAAAGCCGAAUUAAAGGCAGCUUUUCUUAGUUAGAGUUUUGAGAGCUUUAAGCGCUGUCCCGAACCAACCGUCUUAAUGGCUGCUCUAAAAUACGCCGGAAUGGAUGAUACUGACAGCGAGGAUGAACUUCCUCCAGGCUGGGAAGAAAGGUCCACGAAGGACGGCUGGGUUUAUUAUGCCAAUCACGAGGAGAUGAAGACACAGUGGGAACAUCCUAAAACUGGAAAGAAGAAACGCUGUGCAGGAGAUCUCCCUUAUGGGUGGGAACAGGAGCUGGAUGAAAAGGGUCAAAUAUUUUAUGUCGACCACAUCAAUAAGAGGAAGACGUACUUUGACCCUCGGCAGGCCUUCACUGUAGAGGAUAUACAGGUGAAGCCUAAGCGCUACGAUGGCAAUACUACAGCUCUGGAGAUCCUCCAGGGCCAUGAUCUUUCUGACAAGGUCGUAAUCGUCACGGGGGGAAAUUCUGGUAUCGGUUUCGAGACAGCGAGGUCGUUUGCCCUUCAUGGUGCCCAUGUGAUCUUAGCGUGCCGGAACAGCGCUCGCAGCAGUAAAGCAGUUAACUGGAUCCUCGAGGAGUGGCACAAAGCUCGUGUUGAAGCCAUGACGCUGGACUUGGCGUCAUUGAGAAGUGUCCGAGAGUUUGCAGAAUCCUUCAAAGCAAAGAAGCUGCCCCUGCACAUCCUGGUGUGUAAUGCGGCGGUGUGUACGCAGCCAUGGCGUUUGACGGAGGACGGCUUGGAGUCUACCUUCCAGAUCUGCCAUCUGGGCCACUUCUAUCUAGUGCAGCUGCUGCAGAACGUGCUGCGGCGUUCAGCUCCUGCCCGUGUGGUAGUGCUGUCCUCUGAAUCUCACAGGUUCACAGAUCUGGUGGAUUCUUGUGGGAAGGUGGAUCUGGCUCUGCUCUCACCACCUCAGAAGGAGUACUGGUCCAUGCUGGCCUACAACAGGGCCAAGCUCUGCAACAUCCUUUUCUCCAGUGAGCUGCACCGUCGCCUCUCUCCUCACGGGGUCACUUCCAACGCAGUGCAUCCUGGGAACAUGAUAUAUACAUCCAUCCACCGGAGCUGGUGGCUCAUGACCUUCCUUUUCAACCUGGCACGCCCCUUCACCAAGUCCAUGCAACAAGGUGCAGCCACUACUGUGUACUGUGCAGUGGCUCCGGAGCUGGAAGGCCUGGGUGGGAUGUACUUCAACAACUGUUUCCGCUGUGUGCCGUCAGCGCAGGCCCAGGACCCGUCCAGUGCCCUCAGCCUGUGGGAGCUCAGUGAAAGGCUGGUGCAGGAGCGAUCUGGUGGCCCUCAAGCACUGUGACCCUACUGUGCUAGGCUCGCCCGCUCGACCGUCGCUACAACUGAUUGCUUCAUCACCAUGCAUGAGAAGGGCUGAGAUAAUAAAGAGCAAAAAAUAAAACGGGAAUUUAUAAUAGGCAGGCAGUGCCAGAGAGCGAGAAUCUGCUAGACUGAUGGAUGGAAGCAGAGACAGAGAGAGAGAGAGAGAGAGAGAGAGAAAGAGAUUUUUCCUUAUUUGCAAAGUCCCAGGGUUUCUUAUCUUUCUUCUGCAAGGUGAUUAGAGCUACCGCUAGAACACUGUACACGUUUCUCUAAUCCGCAACUAACACCGAGUUUUCCUAGCUAGAGGGUCCCGAAAAACAACAAGUGGAUUCUCGUAGCGCAAAAAAAUUCGUCUAAAAUUAUCAGGACUUGAAAUGGUCAUUAUUGCCCAUCCAUCUGUACAAAUCAACACGAAAGGGAGUAAAUGCCGUACCAAAGGUGCAGAGACGAUGGAGAGGAAAGCGGAUGUAUGCCCGUCUAUUUACAUAUACAACCACUGAAAAGAACUGGUCUGUAUAGCUAUGCUGUACAUCAUAUACACAAGAGUGCUGUUCUAAUUCGCAUAUGUUUCUGAAUAAUGAUUCUAAUUUCUGAACCCAGCCUGCCCAAAAGACUUCAGAUCCAGUCUACAGUGAACUUUUACAAAAAAAUUCUAUGUUAAUGCUAGUUACAAUGAAGCAGCAUCUUUGAGGACAACAGGAGCUGGCUGAAGGGAAGAGUCUUGCAGUCUUUAGAAAUUUCAGGUGGAACAUUCCUCUUGAACUCCUUGUUUAUUUUUUUUCUUUUUCUUGUCCUUUUACUUUUGUGAAUGUUUGGAAAGCGUUUUCCCUGGUCAAAGGUGGUCUUCGUUUGCUGACAACCGAAACUUUAGAAGAAAGAAAAAUUCAGCAGAAGAAGAGAAGGUGGCAAAGACUGAAGAAUGGCACCGGCUCUUUUAUUAUUUUAUUUUUUUUCUUCUUCUUCUUCUUUCUCCUCCCUCUCCUUUUCUCCCUCUUCUUUUCCUUUUUCUUUGCAGGUUGACUCUUGUGCUUUGGGGCAGUCUUGGUGCCAUGGGUCAGUCUGAGCUAAAAGCAUUCCAGUGUUGUGAGACCUGGAUAGAGAUGAAAGAGAGAGAGAAAGAAAUAAAGAAAGAUUAAUGAUCUU